AUGGAGCUGAGCUAUAGGCUCUUUAUCUGCCUUCUGCUCUGGGGUAGUACCGAGCUGUGCUACCCCCAACCCUUCUGGCUCUUGCAGGGUGGAGCCAGCCGUGCUGAGACGUCCGUACAGCCCGUACUGGUGGAGUGUCGGGAGGCCACCCUGCUGGUCACGGUCAGCAAAGACCUUUUUGGCACUGGGAAGCUCAUCAGGGCUGCUGACCUCACCUUGGGCCCGGAGGCCUGUGAGCCUCUGGUUUCCAUGGACACCGAGGAUGUGGUCAGGUUUGAGGUUGGACUCCACGAGUGUGGCAGCAGCAUGCAGGUGACUGACGAUGCCCUGGUGUACAGCACCUUCCUGCUCCACACCCCUGUGGGAAACCUGUCCAUCGUGAGGACUAACCGUGCAGAGAUUCCCAUUGAGUGCCGCUACCCCAGGCAGGGCAAUGUGAGCAGCCAGGCCAUCCUGCCCACCUGGUUGCCCUUCAGGACCACGGUAUUCUCGGAGGAGAAGCUGACUUUCUCUCUGCGUCUGAUGGAGGAGAACUGGAACGCUGAGAAGAGGUCCCCUACCUUCCACCUGGGAGAUGCAGCCCACCUCCAGGCAGAAAUCCACAUAUACAUCACCUGCCACCUGAAGGCCAUCCCAGCUGAGCAGGAACCAGACGAACUCAACAAAGCCUGUUCCUUCAGCAAGUCUUCCAACAGCUGGUUCCCAGUGGAAGGCCCAGCUGACAUCUGUCAAUGCUGUAGCAAGGGUGACUGUGGCACUCCAAGCCAUUCCAGGAGGCAGCCCCAUGUUGUGAGCCAGUGGUCCAGGUCUGCUUCUCGUAACCGCAGGCAUGUGACAGAAGAAGCAGAUAUCACCGUGGGGCCACUGAUCUUCCUGGACAGGAGUGCUGACUAUGAAGUAGAGCAGUGGGCCUUGCCGGCUGACACCUCCGUGCUGCUGCUGGGCAUAGGCCUGGCCGUGGUGGCAUCUCUGACUCUGACCGCUGUUAUCCUGGUUUUCACCAGGAGGUGGCGCACUGCCUCCCGCCCUGUGUCUGUUUCCCAAUAAAAGAAGAAAGCA